GUACAUAUCUGAAUGUUGAAGUGUCAAGUGAUAUAAUGAUGUCGGAAAAGAUUAAAAAGAAGCCGCCGCUUUUCACCCUGAAACGUUGGCAGAGUCAAAAGGAGAGUAGUGUAAAGUUGUCACCGAAGUCGUCGCACGCGCCGACGCAGGACUCCCACGUUAUGUUCAGGUCACAAACCCCGCCUGUCGUAUCGAGGGCAAGUAUUACCGAACCAAAGCCUAGAAAGUUAUCAGCUGGUGGUAUUAAGGAACUGGUACAAUGCGCGCUGUGUUUGGAGGUGCUACACAACCCGAAGAUGCUGCCGUGUCAGCACACCUUCUGUAUGGCCUGUCUGUCUGUCUACAUAGCGGAUUUAGCAGUAUUCGACUGUCCAAUAUGCAGGACCAGAAUACAAGUGAUUGGGGAUUCGUACAUCGAGAAUCUGCCGUCAAAUCUCUACAUAGACUCGCUAUUACAGUUAGUGGGCAUCCAGAAUAAUGGGGAAACGGGUAAAGCAACUCCACCACCCACUCCAUCCGCUCCUGUGACCCCAUCAAAGAAUUCAUCCCCUAAUGUUGAAUUCUUCCCGACUGGAGUAAGAUGCGUACAUUGCAAAUCAGUAUGCGAUAAUACUGACAUCACAUCGUGUGACCAUUGUAAACUGAAAUUUUGCCGAAUAUGCUGGUUACAACAUUUAGACGAUAUGAGGAUCCAACUAAAGUCUAUUUUGAAGCAACUGGACACAGCUGCCAGCCAUCUUGAACACAAAAUUGAACAUUAUAAGGAUCGUUGCGACCGUAUAGUAGAACAAAUAAAUAUAGCUGCAGACGAGAAAAUAUCAGCCGUAGUGGAAGCUAGGGACAAGAUGAUAGCUGACGCGGCUAACAUGCAGAAGUCAGCUGAUUUUUCCGCCUUAGCUCUUCAGAGUUCGUUGGUCGAGGCUCGGGCUGUGGCGAAUAGAGCUACGGACUCCGCUAACACCACUAACGAUAAUGAAAGGGUAGCAACCUUUAUAAACCUUCAUCAAAACGUGAUCCAGUUACUCUCAGACGUAUCAAAAUGGGACACAGAACGUUUUGUCUUCGACAAGGAAAACUUCCGCAUAGAAAUCGACUCGUCGACUCCACUGGACGCCGAGUCCGACGAUCCAGUUAUAGAUUCACCGAAACAAAACAACCCACUGGAGAAUGAAGAAAGCUUAGCUCUCUAUUACAGAUCCCGAAACUUCGUUCCACACUACGUUUUGCGCAAGUCUUACCGUCCGUGCGGAGUUGGAGUCAGUCCAUGGACGAACCACUUGUACGUGUGCGGUAUGGACAGUCAAAGUGUGCUGGUAAUGGAACGCGCGCAAGCCAAGACCGUUACGCGGUUGUCGUGUGACGAAAUGAUGUGCCCUGUCCAGAUUGCCUUCAUGAAGAGCUUGGGAGAGAUCUAUGUUACAGACAAAUGGAAGCACUGUAUCCACGUGUUCUCCAAAGACGGGGAAUAUUUGCGUAGUAUCGGCCAGAAGGGCAGCCGAGCGGGCAUGCUGCGGUCACCGGAGGGCAUCGCGACCGACAACACUACGCAACUCAUCUAUGUUGUUGAUACCGGCAACGAUAGAGUACAGGUAUUCCAACCAGACGGUAAAGUGGUUGACCAAAUUGGUGUCGGCACAAAACAUCAGGCAUCAGUCGCGGCCUCCAUCUGGGAGACCAAAGAGGUUCUAUGCACCGAACUAAAUGCCCCCACGAGCGUCGCCGUCACUAACGACAGAGUUAUAGUCCUAGACAGCGGGAACCGACGAGUCAAGGUUUACAACAAACAUGACAAGUCCAAGAUUAUCGAGUUUGGGUCCACUGGGCAAAGGAAAGGCCAGUUCAGACAACCAGAAGUACUAGCUGUCGAUCCGUUGGGAUACAUUCUCGUUGGAGAUUCAGGUAACUGCAGAAUCCAGGUUUUUAAACCUUCAGGACAACUUGUUCGAGUUUUUGGCGGCUUGGGAACCCAGCCAGGCAAGUUUGGCUGGAUAUCUGGCAUCCACGUCACCAAACAACUGGACAUUAUCAUCAGUGACACUAAAAACCACAACGUAAACUUUUUUUAACAGAUGUAUUCAAAUUAUAACAAUUUAUUUCAGUGUCGAACAAAACAUGUCCAAACUUAUACUAAAUUAUAAUUAUCAGAUAGUUAUAGCACUGAGAUGAAAACAAAUAAAAUGUUUUAAUUUACAAUAA